UUAGUAGACUUUCAACUAAGUUUUUGAAAAUGUUUUGGUUGUUGAUAUAUUUCACCUCAUCAGGAAAUAAAUGAUUAUACAAUUUUCUGCCAUUGUAAAUGAAAGAGUUGAUUAUUAAUGUAGGGAGAGGUAUUGGGACUAUUGGGUUCAUUUAAAUUAUGUGCCCGUCUUGUAUUAUAGUGUGUAGUAGUAUUGAAAUUCUUGUUUGUUUUUAUUUGCUGAAUUUUUUUUAUUUCUCUUGUUGCUUUUCAGGCCACGUAUUCUUGUCGAUAACGGACAUAUGAUGAUAAUGGCUUCGAUGGACAAAAAUAUAAGUUUUGUUACACAUGGUACAAAGUCUGGGGUCUCUAUAAACAAUGUUGACCUACUCUCAACACUAAACAAGGCUCACAACGCCACUUUGCUGACAGUCAGCUACCAACAAACCCUGUCUACGUAUAGCGACAGGCUCGAAGCUCUGGAACAGCGAGUUUCUGAGCCGAUAAUGAUCAACAAUUUCACGGAUUCUGCGGACGAUAUCAGCCUCAAAAUCAAAAUAAGACGACUCACCAGAAGGGUCUCAUUACUUCAACGAAGGAUGGCCAGUUUCAACCGAAUGAUAUUCAACAACGAUUGCGCGAGCAAUCCUUGCCAGAAUGGGGCAACCUGCCAGGACAUGUUCGGGAGUUACUUGUGUAGAUGUUCUGAAGGAUGGGAGGGUUGGACUACAGACGAAUCAGGCGUUGCCUGUACUAGAGAUGUUGAUGAAUGCAAGCUAAAUCACCCAUCCUGUUCAGUCAAUCCUCGUGUAGGCUGCAUCAAUGUCCCAGGUUCAUUUUAUUGUGCCCCAUGCCCUGCUGGUUUCAGUGGUAAUGGCUAUCACUGUUAUGAUGUAGAUGAAUGUGCCACAAAUAAUGGUGGUUGUAGUACCAAUCCAAUGGUCUUAUGUAUAAACACUCAUGGAUCCAGAGUGUGUGGGUUGUGUCCUCCUGGAUUUUCUGGAGAUGGAACAACUUGUACAUAUCAAGGAGCAAUAUGCAGCGUGAACAAUGGUGGCUGUAAUCAUCUAGCCACAUGUAGAGAAAAUUCAAGAAUAAGUUCAGAUUACGUAGAAUGUACUUGUCCGCCUGGAUAUAUCGGAACUGGUAUUGGUCCAAACGGCUGCGUUCGGUCCUCCGGUUCUCUCCAUCCCUGUACACCAAACCCCUGCAAAAACGGAGUGUGCCGUGUGAACAACGCGACCAAUGAUUUCAUCUGUACAUGUACAAGUGGAUACUCUGGUAGAUACUGUGAUACAAUAAGAAAUCUGUGCAAUCCAAAUCCUUGCCUGAAUGAUGGAGAAUGUCAAAGUAUCAACAACAAUUUCCAGUGCAAAUGUAAACCUGGAUUCAUUGGAGCACUUUGUCAGAAUCAAAGAGAAGCCUGUGGUGGUCUUCUGAAGGCAGAAAAUGGAACUCUCAAAUUUCCACCUGAUGAUUAUGAAGAUUACAACGAUCGUUCUAACUGUGCAUGGUUAAUAUCCUCUAAUUUUUCAUCCAGGGUUUUGAAUAUAACUAUAAAAAAAUUCGAUAUUGAGAAACAUCCCAGCUGCCAGGCAGACUGGUUAGAAAUACACGAUGGAGGGAGUACAGCGGCACAUACACUUGGAAGAUUUUGUGGAAAUCAGUUACCCUUGGGAGGUAAUUUUAUAACAACACAUAAUUCUGUAUAUCUUUGGUUCAGAUCUGACAAAACUAUAAAUAAGGAGGGAUUUGAGCUGACUUGGAAUGCAAUAAAACCACGCACACCCGGUUGUGGAGGAGUUUAUACAUCAACAGAAGGUAAAAUUGAAUCGUCAGUUCCACCUUAUUCAAUGUACUCAACUAUUUGUGAUUACAAAAUCCAGCAGAGCGUUGGCUCUAAAAUACGAGUAACCUUCUUGUCAAUGGAGCUAGGAGAUAAACUUGAUUGCUCGUUUAAUUAUGUGAAGGUGUUUGAGGGUGCUGAUGAUGAAUCUGGCUCUUUGGGUAGGUUCUGCGGUAGAACACUACCAGCACCAUUCAUAUCGCAAGGUAACCAAUUGACAAUUCAAUCAUCUCUAUUCUCACCAGCCAAAUGGAAAUUAAAAUAUGAAAAAAUUUGUGGAUCAAAGUAUACCGAGAAAAGUGGUUCAUUCUCAGCUCUUACUGGUGAUUCGGAUUGUAUUUAUCAAAUAGAGAGGCCCGUUGGGAAUGUAAUAAUGCUAGUAUUGAAAAUAUCUAUGAAACAAUUCAGCCCUCUUUUGUCUGAAAAGCAUCGAUGCUUCUCAAGAUUUGUAGAGGUGAGGGAUGGAGAUCAUGAAAAUGCAACACUGAUAGGAAAAUAUUGUCAAGAGGAGACCAUAAAUAUAACCUCAAAUCACAACUCCUUAUGGAUAAAAUUGAAACAGAGGCAUGACAUCUACUCAGUGAGAGCUGUAAAUAAUGCCUUCAGUGCCGAGUAUACUUCAGUAGAUAUCGGCUGUGGAGGUAUCAUGAGGAACAAAUACGGCAACAUUGCCUCACCAACUCAUUCAGACGGCUUCUACCCUCCAUCUAUGAAAUGUACGUGGCUUAUAAUAGCGCCACCCAAUCAUGUGAUUCAACUCACUUGGAUGCAGUUCAACGUAGAGCAAAGCUACGAAUGCUCUUAUGAUAAUGUUCAAGUGUUCGACAAUAAUACUGAUCUUGGGCUAGGCGGGCUUAUGGGCAAAUUCUGUGGAUUCACAUUGCCACCCGUUUUGCUGUCGUCAUCUAACACUAUGACGAUUGUGUUCACGUCAGAUAUAACAGUCAGCAUGGAUGGAUUUCUGGCUUCAUAUACUACUAUUGAGGAAGAAAAUGUUUGUGGUGGACAUUAUUUCACAGCAGCAGGUGUUAUAAAAUCCCCCGGCUAUCCGGAAUCGUAUCCAGUGAAUAGAGAAUGUAGUUGGACAAUAAAUGUGAUGCCUGGCCAGCAAAUAAUGCUGAAUAUAACCGAUUUUGAUAUUGAGCCAUAUUCAGGUUGCAGAUAUGACUGGUUGGAAAUAAGAAACGGUGGAACUUCAGCAUCACCUCUUAUAGGCAAAUUUUGUGGAAAAACAAUCCCUAAACAGAUUCCGUCUCACGCAAAUAAAUUAUAUCUCUUUUUCAAGUCAGACUUGAGCAGAACUGCACAUGGCUUCAAAAUAACAUGGUCUUCAACAGCUACAGGGUGUGGUGGUAUUCUGAAUUCUCCAACUGGUUCUAUCAUAUCACCACAUUAUCCAGAACCAUACAGCAGAAAUACCGAGUGCCUGUGGAAAAUAAUUACCAGUGCAGGAUCUAGAAUACAAGUAAUCUUUUCUGAUAUCAAUUUAGAAAAACAUGCAACAUGCUCAGCAGAUUAUGUGCAGUUAUUUGAUGGGAUAACCAUUAAUUCAAAUUCGCUUGGCAAAUUUUGUUAUGAAGUAGUUGAGCCCGUCAAGUCGACAGAAAAUAAAAUGUUGGUGAAAUUUAGAUCAGAUAUAGCGUUCCAAGGUCGAGGUUUUCAACUCCAUUACACGACAGUUUGCAAGAAUACAGUCAAAGGAUUCCAAGGAGUUAUAGAGAGUCCUAAUUUCCCUAAUGAGUACUCUCAGGAUGAAGAUUGUUUGUGGGAAAUUGUUGUUUCCAAUAGAAAUAAAAUAAAUAUAACAUUCUCUCACUUUGAACUGGAACGAUCACUUACUUUUGCAAAUAACAGUUGUUUAUUCGAUUAUGUUGAGAUACGGUAUGCGGAAGAAGCAGAGGAAUAUGAAGAAGAACGCCCUUAUACGACAUACGGCAGAUAUUGUGGGGAUGAAAAUCCUGGACAUCUCAGCCUGAAUUCAGAUCACGUUCAAAUACACUUUGUUAGUGACAAACUGUUGCUCGGAACAGGUUUCAGAUUAGAAUGGGUAAUAUUCGGUUGUGGUGGACAUCUGAAAAAAAAUACUGGCACAAUUGCGUCGCCUAACUAUCCCGAUCCUUAUCCAACUUCUGUUGAAUGCGAAUGGCUGAUAGAAGUCGAUUUUGGGUACAGUGUGGAGAUAGAAUUUCAUGAAGUGGAUGUCGAAAAAGAAAGCUCAUGCCAAUUCGAUUCAGUCAAGGUUUAUAAUGGUAUGGACAGCACAUAUAAUUUAUUAUCCACUAUUUGCAAACAGAAGAAACCUACAGUUAUAACUAGUACGGGGAACUUCAUGUUUGUCAAAUUUGCGUCAGACAUCAGUUAUCAGGGAAGAGGUUUUACUGCUGAUUAUAAAACCGUAGAAACAAAAUGUGGUGGAAGAUUCACGGCUGCUGAAGGUAGCAUAUUUUCACCAAAUUAUCCGAAGAAUUACAACAAAAAUGAAACAUGUGAAUAUCUCAUCGAUGUGGAUGAAGGUCAUUCGAUAGAACUAAAAUUCAAAGACUUAGAUCUCUAUAAAUCUGAGAACUGUUCCCGGAAUUAUGUCCGAAUGCAUGAUGGUCCUACUGCUGGAUACCCUGUAAUAGAAACUGUUUGUGGAAAUGAAACUCCGAAUACUACAAUCAAAUCGUCAUUCAAUAAUAUGUUCAUAGAAUUCAGAGCCGAUUCAUCAUCAAAAGGAUUCCUUGCUGAAUACUUCAAAUCUUGUGGCUCUAGAAUCACUACUCAGAGCUCUGGGUUCAUAGAAGCACAAGACAUGGAGUUUAACGAUAAUUUCCAGACUUGUGUUUGGACGAUUGUUUCUUCAGAUCCAACAAAACACGUUUCUCUCACUAUCACUCACAUGCAUGGGCUACUCUACUGCGAUUUUGAAGGCUCUGCUGUAAAGGUAUACAAUGGAGAAUCAACAGAUUCUCCAUUGCUAGCGAGCUACUGCGGUUCAAAAGUACCACCUACUUUAGUCAGUGAUGGAUCGGCCCUCACUAUCAAAAUCGAUUCAAAAAUGUCUUUCUUCGCUACAUACUCAGUUUAUGAUUCACAAUGUGGCGGUACACUGACUUCAUCUGAAGGAUUUUUCUCGACUCCUGGAUAUCCAAAGAAAUAUGCUUCCGACACUGAAUGUGAAUGGACAAUUCAAAUAUCACCAGGUAAUCAACUCACUCUCAACUUCAUCGCCUUCGAUAUUUUGGAUAGUGAAAACUGCAACAGUGACUACUUAGAAAUAAGAACCAACAAUGCUACGGGACCAUUACUAGGAGUUUAUUGUGGAAAGAAUAAACCGAACAAUUUGACACAUGAAGGCAGUGUCUGGUUAAUGUUCAAAGGCAGUAAAUUAGAUAAAGGAAGUACCUCUGUUGCAGCCAAAGGCUUCUAUGCGGAAUAUAUACUGAACGAGCAUAAUGAAUUGACUGGUGUUCGUGGAGACAUUUAUUCGCCCUUGUAUCCCCAACCUAUUUUGGAAUAUAAGGUAUUUGACUGGAAAAUAACUGUGGGACUGAGAAAACGAAUUUUACUUACUUUCAAAGAAUUUUACUUGGACGCCACGGAUUAUACCGAUGAUAGUUGUUACUUUGCAUCAUUUGAGGUAUUUGAUGGAGUGGAUGACACAGGCACUUCAUUGGGUAAAUACUGCGGGAUCUCAUUGCCAAAACCUAUUAAGUCAUCAUCCAAUAUAAUGUUCAUAAAGGUGGAAUACAGUAGCCCCAGACUUGGCUCUAAAUUCAGAGUAUCUUGGGAGGAGAUAGCAGCUUCUAGCCCUGUCUUGCUACCAAUCCAAAACAAAAACUGCAGCAACAUUACUGGGGAGAUAAAUCUCCGUUCUCUGGGCAACUACACGUUCACUUCUCCGGGAUAUCCUGGGGGAUAUGCUCCUAAUCUGAAUUGUGAAUGGAUAUUCUCGACUGUUCCAAUGAAUCACUUGGCCAUAGCCUUCAUAGACAUCAAUUUCGACACUAAUGUCAAUCGAAUUGUGACCAGAUGUGAAGUCUUCAGCGAUUAUGUGCGGCUCUAUCAAAGGCAUUCAUACGAUAAUGAUUGGCAAGUUAUGAAAGAUAUAUGCAGGAAAGAUGAUGCUCUUCAUUUGAUACAUGCUGCUGAGUCGCUGAAAGUACAGUUCGUAUCCACUAGGUUAUUCAAUGGUACCGGAUUCAGAGCUAUUGUAUAUGAUUUGUGUGGUGGAACACUAACAGAUUCGACUGGUUAUAUUGUAUUCAAUGAAUCGAAUUCACGUAUUAGUGAGUGUCAAUGGAACAUAACUGUUCGUUCUACCAAAACCAUUCAGUUAACAUUCGAAAUGAUGAAUAUAAACCAUGAUAAAAAUAAAGGCUGUGACAAUUUCCUUAUGAUACGAAAUGGUAAAUAUUCGGAUUCUCCAAUUCUAGGCAAUGGAAAAUAUUGUGGCACAGAAUUGCCUGAUAAGCUAACAUCGACAGGGAAUAAUUUGUUUAUAAAGUACAAGGGAUCUGAAAAUAUUGUGGGAUUCCGGUUGAAAUAUGAAGAAGUUUCAGCUUCAUGUGGCGGAGAAAUUAUUUUGAGCCUCUAUGACCAUUCCACGGAAAUAUCGUCACCAAACUAUCCAAAUAUACCAAACCCACACAUAGAAUGUCAAUGGUUGAUAAGAAGUCCACCUGGAGAAUCACUCAGAAUAGAUUUCGAGGAAAGAUUUGAUCUAACGCCCAGCAGAAAUUGUGAAACAGAAUAUGUAGAGGUCCGAGAUGGGGGCACAGAAUUCUCAAGACCCAUAGGGAAAUACUGCAAAUCCGCACCAAGCUCUCAGUUCUCAACGGACAACAUGAUGUUUGUGAAAUUCUUUACGGACACUGACGACCCAAAGAAUGGGUUCAAAGCGAGAGUGUCCAUAGGUCAAUGUGGAGGUACCAUCAGAGGUGACAAAGGAGAUUUAUCAUUUGCAAGUCCUGCCAACGCCAAAAAUCUCAAUUGUACCUGGCGCUUGUCUGGCCUUACAGAUCAUUAUCUAACAACUACUUUCUCGUCAGUUGUUUUGAAUGGACCAUGUUCAAAAAAUUAUAUCAGAGUUUACGAAAAUAUGCUGACAGCAGAUGGUAGUAGGACUGAGAAUGAACUCGGAAAAUUCUGCGGGAAGAAUGUUUCCACGAAAAUUGCUUCAGCUGGAAAUCAGAUGUUUGUGAAUUUCGUAGGCGACAAUGAUGGAAAAUUCAGCUUGAGUUUCAACAGCAGUCGAUCACAAUGCGGUGGUACGAUAAACGAAGAAUCAGGAGAAAUUCUUUCACCUGGCUACCCAGUGAUGAAUCACUUCAACCGAUACUGUAAAUGGACGAUAGUUGUCCCAGAGGGCCGUCGUAUAAUUUUGAACUUUAUCGAUUUGGACUUCGACAGUAGUUUUUUCAGUCAAGAACAGGCUGUUGCUAUUUUCGAUGGGAAAGAGUUCAGUGUCAGGAAAGCUUUCCUCAUCAAAGGAGAGCAACAAAAAACCAUCGAGUCGAGCGCAAAUGUAAUGACCAUAUUAUUCUGGUCCAGUAACCCGUCUGAACACAGAGGCUUCAAGGCUAAUUUUAGUUCUAAUGAACCAACAAUAUGCCUUGGUGAUUUUUCAAAAGAGAGUGGUAUUAUUUCUACACCACAAGCAAGAAACACUUCUUAUAACUGUCACUGGACCCAUACAUCUGGCGAUAUGAACCUGAGAAAAACGACAGCAAUGGCAAUAACUGUCAAUACAAACUAUAAGAAAUCGCUCACAUCCUCGUAUGUUUGUGGACAUUCUUUUGUUUCUCUAACAAUAUCUAAUCAGGAGAAUGAGAAUUUGAACAGUGUAUGUAGUACUACCGAAUCGCAGAUAAUCACUAGGUCCCCAUUCCUCACAACUAAACUAAAGGCUCAAGUAUCACAUAAAUACGAAUUGAACUUCACAGCGUCCUACAGCACUCAUGAUUGUGGUGGGAUAUUAACGGGUCAGUCGGGAAUGAUCUCUAGUCCUAACUUCCCCAACAAACCCUCGAAAACAUUCGAGUGUGCAUGGCUCCUUAGAGCAGAUGAAGGGCAAACGAUAAACAUCACAGUAUUGUCGAGUAACUUGGGCGAUGACUGCGAAAAAAGCUUCUUGGCAAUUCACAAUGGAGGCUUGCCCACUCAUCCGAGGAUCGGAAAGUACUGUAGGAAUGCCAAACCUGAUCCUAUAUUAUCCCAAGGUAGGGAAGUGUGGAUCGAAUAUAGGUGGGAACAAGGUUCUACCGGAACGGGAUUUCAAUUGAAGUAUGAAGCAACAAGCAAAGGUUGUGGUGGUGUUUUCCAUGAUAAAUCAAGAACAAUUCAAACGCCAAAUUAUGGAAGCGACUAUCCAAAUAAUGCCGAAUGUCUCUGGCUGAUAGAGUCAUUGCCAGGUUAUCACAUUGAGCUGAACUUUACUGGAAGAUUCCACAUAGAAGAGAGUGUGAAUUGUACUAAUGACUAUCUAGAGGUGUUCGACUGGAGAGAUGAAGGAUGGACCUCUCUAGGGAAACAUUGUGGUCGAAUUAUCCCUUCUAACCUAAAAUCUUCAUCGGAGAAAAUGAAGAUACUGUUUAGAACUAACGAUAAAAUAACAGCUAACGGAUUCAAGUUGAUAUGGACUUGGCAAUGCGGGGGGACAUUCAUAGCCUCUAAGGUUCCACGUGUUAUUGUCAGCCCAGGAUAUCCAAUGAGAUACGAGGGUAAUCUAAAAUGUGAUUACACCAUUCAAACAAAAUCUGAUGUUCUCAACCUGAGAUUCUUAGAUUUCGAAUUGGAAAUAGGAGAACCUGAAUGCAAAUUUGACAACGUUUCAAUAAACGGAUAUAAUUAUGCGAGAUUUGCAGUGAUGACAAAACAGGUUUAUUGUGGUGAUAAACUUCCCCCAUCUGUAAGAAUGAGGGGGAAUGCUAUAGUCAGUUUCAAGACAGAUCCAUGGCUAAGCAGAAAGGGAUUCAAGCUGGAAUAUGCAGAUGAAAGUUGUGGUGGAGAUAUAAAAGAAGAAACAAUAAUUGAAUCAAAACAAUUAUCUGGUGCACAUACUAGAUAUCCACUUUACUUGCAACCAAAGAUAAAGUGUCUGUGGAAUAUUACAGCUCCUACCAACCAAAUUGUCGUUUUGGCGAUAAAAGAACUACAUAUGCGUUAUACUCCGAUGUGUUUCGGUCAAAGUGUCGAAAUUUUCAAUGAUCAAGAGAAUAAACCCAAUAGACUAGCCCAAUUGUGUGGAGAUUUACGUGAUGAGUACCCACUAAUCUCAACUUCUAAUAAAAUGAUAGUUAAGCUACAAGCAAUGCCCAACAGCUAUGAAGGUUUCAAAGCUGAAGUAAGAUUUUCACAUGGUCCAGCUGAAGGAUGUGGGGGCACUAUUAAUUUAACAGAAACUAAGUAUAUUCAAUCACCGAAUCUGAACAACUUGGAUUGUGCAUGGAUAAUUAUUGCGCCGAGAGAUUAUCAAGUCCAAAUAGAAUUCACAAAGCUCAAUUUGAUCAGUACUUGUGGUGGGAAGAAUGAAAGCUAUCUCCCAUGUGACUGUUCCCAUAUUGAGGUUAGAGAUGGAAGAGGCCCAUUUUCAGAAUUAGUGGAGAAGAUAUGUCCAAGCUCUAAUGUUCUCAGUGAUACUCGACCUAUUACAACUUUUACAAAUACUGCAUUCCUCCGAAUUUUGCUCAGAGGCAAAAAGGAAGAUGCUUUCAAAGCUACUAUCAAACCAAUAAUGUCUGUUUGUGGUUCCAGUGUACUCAUUGCCACCAAUCAAAUAAAGAAUCUGACGUCUCCCAACUAUCCAAAUCCUUAUCCACCAAACAUAAAAUGUACUUAUUCAAUAUCGACCCCCAAUAUGUUCGACAGAAUAUCUCUGCACUUCAUAGAAUUCGAUUUGACGAACGGAAACAAGAAAGAGGAACUGUACAGGUGUACGGGCGAUAACAUUCAGAUUUACGAAGAUCCUCACAGCAAAAUGAUUUCUGAAGGGUUAGGUCCUAAUACUGUAUACAAUGGUGGAUCCAAGAGCUUAUCUUUGUCUUACAAUGACGUUUCUGGAAGGCAUUUGUUUUGUGGUAGUGACAGAAAGCCUUUUGAUUAUUACUCGAAUGGAAAAGCAAUAUCAUUAUCACUCGUCAGUUCCAACUCAAUGGCAAAGGGAAGAGGAUUCAAACUUGAAUACUCUUUGGCAGGUUGCAAUAGAAAUUACACAGAGUUACAAGGUAGAAUUAAUAAUGGCAAUGACAGAAGAGAAUGUCAUAUUUCAAUUGUGGUGCCCGAUAACAUGACGAUAUCUUUAUAUUUCUCGUCAUUCUACAUGUUUCACUCUGUUAACUGUACAGAUCAAGCCUUUGAAGUCAGAGAUGGUUCUCCCGAUGGAAAAAUACUGCUCACGGCUUGCGGCUACAGAGUUCCGGAUCCUGUAUUUUCUUUCACCAAUAAGUUGUAUGUGCAUCAGUGGAGUCACAGAGUGAUCGGGAGCCUGAUGAGAUUCGAUUUUGUUUACACCAGUACUACAGAAGGACGAGGUUGCGGGGGUGAACUGUACAAUAGCAGAGGAAAGAUUUACAGCCCGAUGUAUCCAAACCCAUUCAGGAAUGAUACUAUUUGCACUUGGACGAUCAAAGUACCUGUUGGUUUACACGCUGUAUUGAAGUUCAAUAUUUUGGACAUACAAGGAAGCUGUGAACAAACCAAUAUUAAAGUAGUGACACAUGCUGGUUAUGACGAUGUUGUAGUGAAUACUUUUGAAAUUUGCAAAGAUGUGAGUAAUAAUAAAAAAUAA